CGAGUACACUUCCGGUUGUUUGCUGAGCACGCACAUGAGAUGAUGACUGGCCUUGAUGCUGGAAAGCCAAGAACAGUACUGUGUAAAAGCAAUAUGUGCCAGUUUGACAAAUCAGUCGAAGAUUUGAGCUACCAUUGGCAACAGUAGUACUUCAGCAAGAUAUUCAGCUUUUUUCAGCGAUGGAAAACCUAAAGAAGAAGUUUUCCCCCACCAAACACACUGCAACUCAGAGCAGAUCCACCUUUCAUACCCCGCUGAAAACUUUCCAGUACGACGUUCAGGACUUUGGACUUCAUGCCAAGGAUUUCAUUGGCUCCUUGAGCCGCUUCAGUGGGACAGGAUCUCUCCUUGCCUUAAAGGCGCUGGAAUUGUUUAAUGGGACAGCCUACUCCGAGACUGCUGGUCAGUUUCAGUCGGCACUUGAGGAUGUCAACAUGGCCACGCAGGCAGUGACCAAUGAAGUGAGACAGGAAGUGGACACACUCAUCCAGCGCCUGGUCAACAGGCUGGAGCCCAGUAAAGAUGACCGGUCCGAGGAUAAUUUAAAGCUCCUUGCUCAAUGCUUUGUAGCAGUCGUAAGGUUGCAGUGUCAGUUCUUUUUCUCAGUUACGGAGACUUUUUCCCAAUUUUCUUCCAUCAAAGAUGUGGAAGAUAUCCUGCCUGUUCCAAAGAGACCCCCACGUUCAUUGGACAAGUUAAAAGCAGCAGACCAAUCAAAAUUAACCACUCAAAAAGACAGCCAGUCAAAAGAGAAAUCAGAAGAUAAGGGUGCUAAAAAGGCAGCUGGUGAAACCAAAGAUAAAGCAGGCACUUCCCAUGAUUCCAAGAGUGCAGCCAAUCAGAAAGCUGGACCUUCUGUGCUGCAGAACAUGUCUUCGGUACCAGUUAACUUGCCUGUUGAGAAAACAAGUCAAAGCUCAGCAGCACCUGUUCCUAAAAGUCAUCCACUGCCUGCUUUGCAAACUUCUUCCAGUUUGGAAACUGCUUCCACUCUAUCGAAUGAAGACGGACCUGGAGCUGCUGCAGCCUGCCUAAAGCUAUCACGUUCACAGAGCGUCCCUCCGCCUAAUGGCCACACGGUGUCACAAGAAGUGCUGGACAGCGUUAUCGAUUUCCUGUCAGGCAUUCGCAAACCACCUAUGCAAUCUAUCCCAGAAAUCUCACUCCAAGGUGAAGGUCACGAGGACGAUGGGAUGGACCCCUCAUCUGGUGGUGGAAGCAGUUCUGGCACUACCCCUUCCACUAUGAACAUGUCCACAUCCAGCUCAGCAGAGUUCCAGUACACCAACCCAGGGCCUCAUCGCCACUCUGAUGCUGGUCUGCAGUUCCUGGACCUUCCUCUAGACUCCUCCCGCGGCAACACCUGGCCUUCCACCAUGCACCAUAGGGGGAGCUACCCCAGUGACCUCAUGAUGGCUGCCAACCAGCAGAUGUAUCUGCCGGGAUAUGCUGCUGCCUAUACGCCAGAGCUGGAGUACAGCCAGUACAUGGCUCUGGUGUCCCAGGCAGGCCAAGAUGGGCAGUAUCUCCUGGGACCAGGGUGGGGGGCAGGGGAUGCCAAGCUGAAUAGGAGCUGGCCACCAAGCUGGUCUGGUGCCCAGGAUGACAGCAGUGAUGAGGACUCUUCUAUAGAGGAGCAGGUGGCCCUGGGAACAGAUCUGAUGAAUGCUGUCAAUGACAAGAGGAGACACAGCAGUGGUGAACACAAGUUCUCUGAUGGGACUCCACUGCUGCAUGGUGCUGGUGCCGAGGCCAGGCCCAGGAGUGUGGACGACCUUCAUAUGGAGUCCCGCUCCACCAAUACAUGGCCCCCAAAACAGGUUUGGACACGGCCAGUAUCAGCUGACCAGGUAGCUGACCUGUCUUCAAGCACUUAUGCCAGCCAGGCGGCAGACGCAGUACAACCACAGAUGUCGUGGAGCGAUGUUGUGGGGAGCAGUCGUCAGUCGCCGUGGGGAACUGGUUUGCCAUCAACUCAGUAUAUGCACCCUGCUAGCCUGCAGCAGACGUACAGCAGUGUCCCACCAGGGGGCAGCAGAGGUAGCGCACAGGGGGCAGCACAGGCAGAUGCAGGAGGUGCCAAACAACAGGUUGAGAGAAAACAGUCUGUCACUAAUGUGUCCUCAUGAGUAGGAAAAUGUUGCAAAUAGAAUGCCAUCAUCUGUGCCAUAUGCUGAUUAGUACAGAGAAGUUACAGCGUUUUUUACAAGCCCCAUCUUGGAAUGGUUAGUAAAAAAGGUUAACUACUAAACGGCUGAUACAGAUCACCAGAAAAUCACGAACUGAAAGAAAGAUGGGAGUGUUUGUUUUGUAAAAACAGAUAUUUCACCUUGUGUUGUAAAUGUGUGUUACGUUCUGUGGCUUUUGAAUCACACACUACGGUGAAAACUUCAAACAGAAUUCGGCUGUUUUUCACAGAUUGAAAUUCUCAUGUGAGCUUCCAUGAAGUAUUGAUUUAAGUGUUAUCCUUCUCCCAACUCUGACACCAUUUACGUAAAAACGAACCAGUCGUACACAAUUGAACUUUUUUUUUAUUUUUUUGUGCAUCAUAUAUAUAUAUAUGAACCACAUAAAAAGUAUAUGUCCAGUAUUGUAGCUGUUGUCUAUAGAUAUUACUCAAGCGCUGUAAUGGGAAAAAAAGCAGUUGGGCCUUUCCUAAAUAUGCAUGUCAUAAAUUUUUUCAAAAUGUUUUAAAACACCUUUUCUUUGAUAGCCAUUUCAUAAAAUUAUUUCUAUCCCCCCUUCCACUUCAGCACUUCCCUCAAUCACAUACGCACAACCACUAUGAUAUAAAAUGCAAACAUGCUUUAAAAUGCAAUGAAUAGGAUAUAAGCCAUUCCUCAUUAUUUCUAAUUAUCAUGCUAAAAUAAGAAAUAUAUAGUUUCCAUACCCCUUGUUAAAUUAUGAAACAUUCUUAAUUUUGAAUGCUCAGUUGUGAAAGAAAACAUUAGAUAAAAACAUACUAAGUACCUCAGUUGAAUACCAGUUAUCCAGUGGUUAAAUGAUUUUGCCAAUUAUCACAUAGAGAUAUGCUAAAACAGUAUUUCAUCAUUAUAUAUCACUUCACCUUAUAACAUGGAAUAAUUCUGGACAAUAUGAUUUUUAAAAAGUUAACUGGCAGUCAGACUUAACAGAUAGACAGACAGCGAGAUAAAUUGACUGGAAAAUUUAAAGUAAUAACCUAUUUUGACAGGUAGCAUGACUUAAGGAUUACCUUGGAGAGAUAUCAUACCACUGAAAUGUCAAGUGGUGAUGUCAUUUCCUAAUUAGAUAGUGAGUACAUGUACCCAAGGGGGGAAACUGACACAGUCAGGGAAUGCAAUUAGGCAAAAUGUAUGGUAUGAUUUUAAAAGCUCGGUAUUGUACAUGCUACAACAGUCAAAAAAGGUUAUUAAUGUGAUUACUUCUCCUGGGAUUAUUUGUUUGAAAACAUGUCCAGUGGAAGUGACAUGCAAUGAUCAAAUUUGUUCAGGAUUUGUUAGGUAUAAUUUAUCAACUAAUCGGUUGUCAGUGAGAAAUAUUGGGAUAAUACUCUUAACAUGGGGAAGUUCUGCUCUUCCCAUCACGUAAGGAUGCAGAAUUUUAACGGGGGGUAUGUAAUGAGUGCCGCAAUACAGCUACAUUGAGAUCAUCAUUCAGUGUAGUGCAGAAAUAAAAGAUGUGUCACAUUUUGUUUUCAUGUGUUUCCCUUGUAAGUUGUGAAUGCUGUGUCAUUGAUGAUAAUGCAGGAUUUGAAGUAAAGAUAAUGCAUGUUUUGAGGUUAAGGGAUUACCACAGAUGUAAACGUGUAAAAGGAAAUACAAUACUUAAAAGUGAAGUCUCGCCAUAUUUUUACUUUUAUACCAGGUAUAAGAUUUAAUGUUUGCAUGUACCACUGUCAUUAUAUAAGCAAUAAAAUCUGUUAAUAGUAAAUGUAGCAUUUGUGCAUCCACUAUAUAUGUGGAUUUAGGAAAUAUUUACUAGUUUCUUGAGAAUUGUGAAGACUUACAUAAGAACUUGUUUCAAAUUGUUGGGUUUUUAUUACAAGCUGUAUUUACAAUAUUUUUAGCAGUAUGUUAUUGACCAAAAAUCCAAAAGCAAAGGCACAAGUCCUGACAUCUUAAUUUCCAAAGUUUUUGCUCAUGACAAGGGUUGUAUCGUCCACACUGGUGCACAGUCAUCACACAAAUCUUUCGAGUGCUUGUCUGUGGUUUUACUUUUUCAUUCAAAGUCAUUUGUAGACACUCACAUACGUGUACUUUCUGGUGCAAAGCCAACCAACUUUUCGGAACUUCAGAAUUUGCAUAAUUUUGGGUUUGUGAACAAAAUUCUUGUUCCCUGAAAAUGGUUAUUUCAUGUUGUGAUUUAUUAUAGUAGGUAAUUACUGUAUCACAAUGCAGGGGUGUUUUUUCUUCUGUGAAAUUGAGAAAUAUUGAAUUUCUUUAGUUUAUCAGCAAUUAGGUAGAAAUGCAAUUUUGCACAGAAUUGAGGUCAGUUGAUUCUUUUUCCUCUCUUUAUGAAGAAAACAAUAAAAAUAAUUAUUAUUAUUUGGAAGCAUUCAGAUAUUUGUGCACAAAUGGCUAUCUAAUCACAUGAAAAAAGCACUGUUGCUUGAAGUUAUUUCUGAAAUGUAUGUGGGAACCACCAAAAUGAAUUUUCACAGCCAACACUCCUAUGAAUUGUACUAAUAAUAGUAAAUGUAUUGUUACCAAUACCUGCUACUGAAAUUAGAUAUUUCAGUUUAUUGUGUUUUUUAAGGAAUGUUAAAGUAAUGUCCUUGCCCUGUUGUUUAUGAUAAGUAGGUAUAAUGGUUAUGAAAUAUAAAUGGUGUAUUCAUUGAAAGCUUUUGAAAUAUCUGUGUAACUGCAUGCCACAGUAUUAAGUAUUAAUGACAAAAAUAAAACAUUACCAUAUUA